GGGAUUGCUACUUUUAUAAUUUUUUUCCUGCUAAUGGUAACUAGCAUGGCACGAUUUCCAUUAUUUUGUUUCCUCAAGGAACUAAUAAUGCAGAGAAAUUGACCAAAAACUGCAGUGUCUCACUGUGGCUUAGAUAGUAGAUUGGUUAGCUAGAAGCAAGUUAUUACAUGAUGAUUGUAGCCAUUAUUUGAUUCCUUUCUAACUAGCUAGAGUCGUUGUGGUUCUGUUGAUGGGGAUGUUAAGAAACUGGGUCAUAGUAAUUCUAAAGGCCAUAACAAUUAUGAUUUCAUGCUUAGUCUUCAACUUGGUAUUAGGUAUUUCAUCUACAUUACUACUUUAAUAUGCUUUUCAGUUAUGGUUUGCUUAGAAUUAGAUAAUGGCAUCAUACAUCAUACACCCCUUUGAUGAAUUAAUUGUGUUUUUGUUUAGAUACUGUAUUGGGAACCACGCUUUGGUUUUGUGAGAUAUUAGGCCGGGGGAUUUUGUGAGAUAUUAACUGUCUUAUAUGAAUCACCAGGUUUCGCAACAAUGCAGCAGGAAAAAUGUAUACACCUGGUUCACAUUCAAGCUUUUAAACACUUGAGUCUCAAGUGUACUAUUAAGUAUUUUCUCUCCCUAAUUUGUUAAAAUACACCUGUAUCUUGAGAAUGUCUUUCAGUGACUGAUACAAAUUUCGAUCCUUUUCUAUGCUUGAGCAUUUAGGAGCAUGAUGCAUGACCCUUUGUUUAAUAGUUCAUUGUAGAAGUUCAUUUAGUUCUGGCCGCAUGACCUUCUUGUUGCUGUAUUCAUCUUUUCACAUUAUUGCUUCAACUUGAUGAAUUGUUGCUUGUUCAUUACUGUCUGAUAGCUUUCAUUUUUAGAAAAAUAGGUUUACCCAAUUAUCACUUAACUUGCUGUUAUAGUUACAAGUUUAGUGCUCACCCAAUUGGCUAAGGGAAAAAAUGAUUAUUGACUACUCUUGGUCCAAAACUACAAAAUUAUAAGCAUAAUAACUCAGUAAAUAGUCUGACAAAAAUUUGUCAUUUUUUAAUAGAUUUCUGCUAACAAUAAAAAAAAGGUGUGUGUCAUUGGCAUUUCUAUUUUCUUAAAGCUAUGUUUUACAAUCAACAAACGUAUGUAACAUGAUCUUGUUGGUGCAAAAUGUCAUUUAAUAUUUGUGCGGCUAUGAUUCACCUUUUCGGAUCUAACUCUAUGAUUAUUGUUGUACUAAUGGUUUUAUAUCGUGGUCCAGUAUUGAUAGGGUAUUUAGAAACUGACUUUGUAUCACAGUGACAUAAGUGCUAAAGGUCAACCGGAACCUUCUGGAUGGUUAAUUAGUGGUGUACAGGAUCUUGGAUUAGACCAUUUUCAUCUUGGGGUUUUGUGCUUCAUAGGGAACUGCAUGUGUAUGGCUACUUUUCUAUCCAUUCAGGUAACAUUGUGUCAUUCAUGGUGUUCUUAGCACCCUUUUGCCAACCUUCUAUACAAUUUACAAGAAGAAAUCAUCCGAGGGUUUUCAAUCAAUCCCAUAUGUUGUUGCACUUCUUAGUGCAUUAUUGCUUCUAUAUUAAGGCUUCAUAAAGACGAAAGCUACUUUGAUUAUCACCAUCAACUGUAUUCGAUGUGUUAUAGAAGUUUUAUACCUAACAAUGUACAUUAUAUAUGCUCCCAGGAAACAGAAGGGCAUCAACCGUGUUCAUGCUAUUGGAUGGAGUUGCGCCAUUUUUAACAUUGCAGUGUUCGCUGCUCCCUUAAGCAUAAUGGGGAUGGGAAUUCCUGUUGGUAAAUUGGCCUUGUACACAACACUAGGAGGAGUUCGACCAUCAGCAUUUGAAGAUUUUGCAAACCAUAAUGCUUUUGAAUUGCUUGCAAAAUAUGGCACAACUCAUCUUGUUCAGGGGACCGCAUCUGUCGUUCUUGCUAGGGUCGUGGCAGCCUUGAAGCUCAUUAACGGUAAUCUGGCUGACCAUACAUUCUUGUUCCUUGGGGCUGGAGAGGCUAGAACUGGAAUAGCAGAACUAAUAGCUCUUGAGAUGUCAAAGCAGACAAAGACACCUAUAGAGGAGACUCGCAAGAACAUAUGGCUUGUAGACUCAAAGGUAGUAGAAAAAAAUCAUGAUGGGUUGUCCAUUCAGGCCAACAAUGCAUACAUCUUCCUUGCAUUUGGUCUUGGGUUGGUAAUCUCAGCAACAAUCAGAGUGCAUGACGAUAUGCUUCUAGCAGCUUGCUUGGCUACACGUCUCCCUCGCCCUCAGAAUCUUGUGAAGUAUGCUGAGAGCUACAUGUAUACCCCUGUCUACCCAAACUAUAGGUGAAUUAUGGGGCAAGUCACUUAACUUUGCCUGUAAAAAACAUAUGUUUUGGUGGCAUAUCUGACUUGUUUUAUGUAACUUAUGCAUAAGUGAGAGUGGUCUUAUGCUUUUUAUUAUGAAAUCACCAAAAUUGUAGGUGAAUCAUGCUUUUUGUUAUGGGGCAAAUCACUGUUAGCUUUGGCUGUAAUAAACAUAUAAUGCUUUGUAUUAUGAAACCUUAGUUCAAUUCAUCUCAUGUCAUGCCGAUGGCUGGCUCAAUAAACCUUGCCAUUA